CAACCCGAUUCAGAUCCCUGCGUUUCCGUGUACACCGCAACAGGAGAAUGGAACACCGUCGAUUGCGGCAAGACCGAGUGCUUCGCUUGUGAGACCCCACAGGCAAUGAGUGAUUGUGCUGAUUGGUAUAAAGCGGGUUACAAGGACAGCGGAUUGUACAGAAUCUUAAUUAAUGGGCUUUCAUACAAUGUCUAUUGCAAUAUGGACAAUGGCGGUGGUUGGACAGUUUUUCAAAGCCGCGUUAAUGGAAAUGAAUCGUAUUGGGAUAGAAAAUGGAUGGAAUAUAAAAAUGGAUUCAUCACGGACCGAAUGAGCAGGAGUUCAAACUUUUGGUUAGGACUCGAGUUACUACAUCAAUUGACAGCUAAGGAUGAUGAUGUAACCCUGAGAAUCGAGAUGAGAGGUGACCGAACGCCAGGAACUUCUAAACCAAAUGAGUAUUGGUUCAACGAGUACACGAAGUUCCAGGUAGGUGACGAUUCUUCAAAUUAUCGGCUGAUCAAUAUGUAUUUGGAUUGGGAAGAUAAUACAGGAAACGCUUCUACCGGAUGGUAUGACUUCACGUACUCUAUUGGAGCCAGCUUUUCUACCGUAGAUAAGAUCAACGAUCCCCAACCAGACUGUGUGACAAAGUAUAAAAUGGGGUGA